CUAGGAGGACAGCCCCUAGAAUUCACCUUGGACGUAACAAAAAGCACAAGUCCACAUGGCGAAGAAGGGAAGAGAAAUUAAUAAAACCAUUGGCGCCUAACUAUUUCUCUUUCCUUUAAGAAAAUCCAUCAAAGCACAAAUCUUUUUCUUUUUCAUCAAACACUCGAAUUCUUUGUCCCUCUUUCUAUGUAUAAAAAUGGGUUCUUUCUAGUUUUCUUUAAUCUAGACAAAAAUGGGAACGUUAGAACACAAUGCCAAGUAUCUUUCCACAAAACUAGUGUUUCUGGUAUCUUGUGCAGGCCUUCUUGGGGCUGUUUUCAUUGCAGAUUUCGUUUGGACCUCAUCUUCGUCUAUUUCUUCUGCUUAUCAAUCCUAUGCAUCCAAUUGGGCUCUUCAGAAGUCUCAGAAAAUUUUGUUUCUCAACGCCACUAACAAGAAAGAUGAUGAGAAAGAAGCCCUUAAAGGUAAAAAGGACCAUCUUGCUGAUAGAUUCUUGCCAGCAACUUUUGCUGAUUUACCAGCACCAAAGUUAGAAUGGGAGCAGAUGCCAUCAGCACCAGUACCUCGUCUCGAUGGCUAUGCAAUGCAGAUCAAGAACCUUUUAUAUGUAUUUGCGGGAUAUGGUUCCCUUGAUCAUGUGCACUCACAUGUUGAUGUAUACAAUUUUACUGAUAAUACAUGGGGAGAGAGUUUUGAUAUCCCAAAAGACAUGGCACAUUCACAUCUAGGGAUUGCAACUGAUGGAAGAUACAUAUACAUUGUCUCAGGACAAUAUGGUCCCCAGUGCAGAACAGCCAUAACCCGUACUUUUUCCCUGGACACUGAGACAAAGAAAUGGCGGAGCAUGCCUCCAUUACCAGCACCAAGGUAUGCUCCUGCAACUCAAUUAUGGAGAGGCAGACUCCAUGUUAUAGGUGGCAGCAAGGAAAAUCGCCACACGCCUGGAGUGGAUCACUGGAGUAUUGCAGUGAAGGAUGGGGACACGAUAGAGAAGGAAUGGCGAACUGAAGUGCCCAUUCCCCAUGGGGGGCCUCAUAGGGCUUGUGUUGUGGCCAAUGAUAGGCUUUUUGUAAUUGGUGGUCAGGAGGGUGAUUUUAUGCCAAAACCUGGUUCACCUAUUUUCAAGUGCUCUCGGAGGAAUGAGGUUGUUUAUGGUGAUGUUUAUAUGCUAGACAGUGAAAUGAAGUGGAAAGCUGUGCCUGCAAUGCCAAAACCUAACUCCCAUAUUGAGUGUUCUUGGGUACUGGUGAACAAUUCGAUCAUCAUCACUGGAGGUACAACAGAAAAGCACCCAGAGACCAAAAGGAUGAUCCUGGUUGGGGAGGUGUUCCAAUUUCGUGUGGAUUCUCUGACAUGGUCAGUGAUUGGAAAACUUCCUUUCCGCAUAAAAACUACGCUUGCUGGCUUUUGGGAUGGAUGGCUGUAUUUUACCUCCGGACAGCGGGACAGAGGACCUGAUAAUCCACAGCCACAGAAAGUUAUUGGAGAAAUGUGGAGAACCAAAUUGCAUUUGUGAACUUUUAACCUGUAUAAUGGCAUUAUAAGUUUUCACCUAUUCCAGUUUAAGAAUUUAAUUCUUCUAA